CUUUGAAAUGUUACAAAGUGUAAUCAAUAUUUCUUAUUAUUAUUUUCAAUAAACAUUAAAUUAUUACCAAACAGAAUGUGUCUUCCAACAAGACAUUAAUCAUCAUAAAACACGGAGAGGUUUAUUUUUUUAUCCCAUAAAGCUACAAUCAGGUACUGUAUUUAGAAUGCCAGUAGUUUUUGCACCAAUCUUUACAUUAGUAAAUAAUAUGUUCCCCAUCGUAAGCGUUCUCCAAGCUCUUACAAUCGCCCUGAUUUUACCGCCUUCCUUAGUUCAGUUCUCAUGACUGUUCUGAAGGCAAGAAAUUGGACCCUAGCACCUUACUCGAAAGUUUCUCAAUUUAAUUUAUGCAUUGGGUAAAGGAGUAUGUUCAUAAUAAACUAGCAAAUUUAUAUAAAAAAACAUGCUUCUGAAGGUAAACAGGUAUUUAGAAACUCCUGCAUGCUCCCAUCAUGCGUCACUUAGAAUCCCGUUACGUGAUUGGCUAGUGUUCAGGCCAUGGAUCCAGUGGGUCAGUGACUGCGUAGCGAGUAGGUUACCGGGCGGCCAGGUGGGAAAUCAGUCGGCUGAGCCAACCGAGACGCGGGUGUACGCUGUUUGAGUUUGGUGCGUCUGUAAUUUUAAGCGUGUUUAAUAUCAAAAUGAAGUGGCAGCUUAUUUUCGUAUUUCUUAUGCUCGGAUGUAUGUGGAGGUGUACAGAUGCAGUGUGCGUACUGGAAUCAGAUUUUGGGUUCAAACUGAACUGCGCCUUCAAGAAAUCCGGUUUGUUCCGGGUCCGGAACCUAGGUGGAGUGAAGGGAUACGUCGGUGUUGGUUUCAGUGUUGGAGAUUCGUUGGGGUUUGAGCCGGCGUUACCAGAACUUGAAGAGAAACGCCGAUCAGGGCACGGGGCCCGCAGCGCGAACAUCGGGGUACAGACAUUCGCUGCAACGCAUCUCGCGGCCAGCAACAAGGCCCCCACAGUCACCGUUCCUCCUUUCAAGCCCCUGCCACCGUCCACCGAGCAGCUCCACAACGUCUCCCGCCCAUCCCGGACCAGCGUCGGGGUGCCUUCCGUCGUCGCCGUUCCUGUGCCUCCCUUCCAGGCCCUGCCGUCGUCAAUCUCCCGGGUAUCCACUGGACCGACAGGAGGAGGAGGCCAGAAACAAUUAAUGGGUGUCCAGGUGGUGAGGGCGCCGGUUGCCUUCAGGAACACCCUAAAGAUGGCUACUAACCACUUCCAGAUCCGCAAAGACCCGCCAACUGCCAGCGACGAAGGGCUGUCCACAAACACGUUAACCCUGAGGGCAGGAACUACAAACCAGCACAAACCAUCAUCCCCCGUCGUCGACUCUUCAUUGGCCACAAUGGGUUACUCCAUCAAAACACUAGCCAAGGCUACCAACUUAUCAGAAGACGCCAUUGCAGCGGCAAUUGCCGUCAGACAACAGCAGUUGAUUCAGCAACAGAACGCUGCAGCGACAAGUGCAACCACCACAACCACGAAGAGACCCACUACCUCGAGUCCAAUCAAGAAAUACCCGCUCGCCGCUCCCAGUAAAGUCAUGAACGCUCCGAACGAGUACUACCCGGUCGGGUACAACAAGAACUUCGACGACAAUUUUGCGUCGAGGGUGGAACUUCCCGACACGACGUUCUACUGUGGUGACCAGAAGCACUUCCCGGGACUCUACGCUGAUGAGGACUUGGGCUGCAUGGUUUUCCACGUGUGUGCGUUCACAGAUGAUGGACUUAUCAUGAAAAGCUUCCUCUGUCCAGAGUCUACGCUGUUUGACCAAACGAUUCUGAAGUGUAACUGGUGGUUCUACGUCGACUGCAAAGCCUCUAAAAAGCUCUACGACAGUAACAUACCCAUCUCUAAGAGUUACCAACUCAUGAAGGCACUGGCAUUCUUUUCAUCAUAUAACAAAAGCUAACCUCACAUACAAAUGAACUUCCACAAUUGCUCAAGGAACGUCUCUACGCUUAAGAGCGUGCUGGCGGUACAGACCACGUAAGGUUCUUUCAUAAACCCACAAGGUAGAAUUUGUGCUCAAGAAGUAGAGUAGUGUUACAAAUCAAAUAUUCUGUAUGACUGCGUCAUCCAUUUACUCAAAUACGGCCUCAUUCCUCGACUUGUGACGCACUUAGCUCAAUAACGAAGGAAAAUAACAUACAACCGAGUGAACGUAAGUCGAAGGAGACCGGAUACAAGCUAACGACGUCCAUCAUUAACGUGAUACUGCUGGUUUGUGGGGAAGGCAGAGGAAUGUGACACACACACAUACUCGCUAUGCAGAUGCUCUAAUGUUUUAUAAAUGUCUGCGCACGUGCUCAUAAAAUUGCUCUUUGGGAUACGUCAUGCACGUAAAGCUUCAUUACUUGGUUGUAUGUUUCGUAUUUUAGUUUAUUUAUUGAUGUUAUUUUUGUAAGAAAUAAAGGCAAUUUUUGACAUGGUCAGUGACCACAGUUACUGAUAGGGUACAAGACACACGCUUCAGCGAGGAUACGAACACAGUUCUGCGGAGUACCGAGCGAUUCAAUAAAAUCAUAAAAGUACAGACGCUGACGAAGUUAUUCAUCAGUUAAAGUCUUAUUAAUCUUCGUAGUUUUUUUCUCGUUACAUAAAAUAUUUCAAGGGACUCCUGAAAUCAAUCUGAUUUAAGGACGUCAUCCUUUUCUCAAACAAGUAACUGUCUGAGUCCGUAAUAAUGUGCGAGUGACUAAAAAACUGUAAAUCUGCACAUUUUGAUAGACACAAACACGUCAACCAUGUCGUGACAGAAAAUUACUGUUACAUACGAAUAUUUGUAUAAUAAAAUACGUCCGUCUAAUUGUGA